AUGGCGUUUACACCACAAUCGCUUCCUGAUCUAUCAGGCCAAAUUUACAUUGUCACUGGUGGUAAUGCGGGGAUUGGUUUCAACACUGUGCUGAAACUGGUAGCUCACAAGGCGAAAGUGUACAUGGGCGCACGAUCCGAGGCCAAAGCCAAUGCUGCAAUCUCCGAGAUCAAAAGCCAAUAUCCUCAUGCAGAUAUAUCCGUUUUGGUGAUGGACAUGAUGAACCUGAAGACCGUCAAAGCCGCGGCUGAUGAGUUUGCACGAAAAGAAUCCAGGCUCCAUGGCCUAGUGAACAACGCGGGUAUAAUGGCAACUCCAUACGAAGAAUCUGUAGAUCAUUACGAAGCUCAAUUUCAGACAAACUAUCUCUCCCACUGGCUUUUGACCUACAGUCUAUUGCCCAUCCUCACCCAAUCUGCGCGAUCCACCAGUCCUGGCACUGUUCGAGUUGUUAAUGUCAGCUCCGACGGCCAUCUCUUGUUUUCUCCCUCGGCAGGAAUCGAUUUCGAUGAUAUAAACCAGACCAAGGGCAGUGCGUUCUCGCGAUAUGGCAUGUCCAAGCUAGCCAACAUCUUACACGCCAAAGAGUUACAUCGCAGAUAUGGUCCGUCGCCUGAGAAUGAUAGACAGGAAGAGAUCUGGACAGCGAGUCUGCACCCAGGCACCAUUGAUACUGGUUUAGGCCGCAACGCCACCGGCUCAUGGGCAUGGCAAGCGCUUGUCCCGGUGAUGCGACUUUUCAGGCUCUACAGUCCCCUUGAGACUGCAGCAUAUACGUCUCUCUUCGCCAUCGCCGGCCUAGAUUUUCAACGGGAUAUGAGCGGAGAGUACUUGAAGCCGGUAGGUAUCAUUGGCAAGACAUCAUCGACUGCGCAGGAUCCCAAGCUGGCGGAGGAGCUCUGGCGUUGGACGGAGAAUGAAAUGAGAAUCAAGGGAGUCAUUAUUUAA